GAGCACAGCCCUCUCCCCGCCGACGCUCACCAUCUCCGUCUCCGAUAUUUGAUGACCGCCGCCGCUUCUCGCCAUCCCCGUCUCCGAUAUUUGAUGACCGCCGCCGCUUCUCGCCAUCCCCGUCUCCGUGGGACGACCGCCGCCGAAGUUUCGACGACCGCCGGCGCUAUAUGCCCCCGUCACCGCCGCCGCCCCUCUGCCCUCCGCACUGCCGGAUGUGUUCGUUGAGCAUGAUGUGCGACGUUUGCGCUCCCGGCUACAACCU